AUGCCGACAAUAGCUGCAAAAGACGCUGGUUCCAUCUCUGGAAUGAACGUUCUCCGUAUCAUCAAUGAGCCCACUGCUGCUGCCAUCGCCUACCGUCUCAACAAGAAAGUCGUGGGUGAGCGCAACGUCCUCAUUUUCGAUCUUGGCGGAGGAACCUUUGAUGUGUCUCUCUUGACCAUCGAGGAGGGUAUCUUCGAGGUCAAGGCCACUGCUGGUGACACUCACUUGGGUGGUGAGGAUUUCAACAACCGACUCAUGAACCACUUUGCGCAGGAGUUCAAGCGCAAGCACAAGAAGGAUCUCUCCUCUAACCCUCGUGCUCUCCGUUGUCUACGGACUGCUUGUGAGCGUGCCAAGCGCACCUUGUCCUCCGCUAUGCAAACUUCCAUCGAAAUCGACUCCCUCUUCGAGGGUAUCGACUUCUACACUUCCCUUACUCGUGCCCAUUUUGAGGAGCUGUGUGCGGACCUGUUCUGCAGCACACUCGAGCCUGUCGAGAAGGUCCUCCGGGACUCCAAGAUCGACAAGGCGAACAUCCACGAAAUCGUCCUUGUCAGCGGUUCCACACGUAUCCCCCAUAUCGUUAAGCUAGUUUCUGACUUCUUCAAUGGCAAGGAGCCCAACAAGAGCAUCAACCCUGAUGAGGCCAUUGCUUGCUGUGCUGCUUUCGGCAGCGGUCAGCUGACAUCAUCUGGCCCCUCUCUGGCUGCCCCCCUUUCAAGAAUUUCUGCUUCUGCGCUACUAUCACAGCUCAGCAUGGGCAUCCAAGGGCUAUGGGAGGUGAGCAAAAUAACUUUGUGGGAGUAUUAA